ACCAAACACGGGUUUCCUAAAUUCUCGAUGGACGUUGUGCUAAACGUGUAACCAAACAAAAGCAAUAGAAGAAAAAAGAAGUAACCAAUACUAACCAGGAUUAAAGGAAACCCUCGUGUCCAAACACAAUUCGAUACAAACGAAGCCCCCAAAAACCCGAACUACGCUACCAAACAAACAUCUAUAAAGGCGUUUUAUUCGCAAUUUGAGGUUCUCACAGUCUUCGUGUUAGUUCUUCGUUGUCUCCAAAUUCUCAUUUUAUUUAACUUCUCUUUCCCUUUCCCUUUCAAUUCCAUUUCUCUUUUCAAAUCUCAGAUCUCUUUGUUUAUUCUUACUUACAAAAAUGUUCUCCAUCGCCGGAUCUUCGGUUUCCAUGCCUUCUGUAUCAGCUUCGUUCAAUCAAAGCCAGGUGACUAGCGGCCAAAUCUCAGGUUUGAAAUUAGUUCCCGCGCCUUUAGGCAAGGCCAUUUUUCCCUUGCGAAGGAACUACAGGCAGGGAAGCCUUCAGGUUUGCUGUGCGGCAAAACCAGAGACAGUGAACAAGGUGGUUGAAAUUGUGAGGAAACAGCUAGCUUUAAAUGAAGAUUCUAAGGUCGAUGGAGAAUCUAAGUUUAUUGACCUCGGUGCUGAUUCUCUUGAUACGGUUGAGAUAGUGAUGGGACUUGAAGAGGAAUUUAAGAUCAGCGUUGAGGAAGAGAGUGCCCAAAGCAUCACUACCGUCCAGGAGGCUGCCGACCUCAUUGAGGACCUCAUUUCUAAGGAUUCUGCCUAAAUUUUAAUCAUUUUACGUUUCUAUUUUAGAUCUUUCUCUCUCUGGAUUUUGCGUUAGCUGCUUCCACCACCUUCAUCACUUUUUUCUUUUUCUUUUUUCUUUUUCCUUUAAAAACUCCCUCUAUAUCUACAAACGUUCUCUGCGUGCCCCUCAUUCUUCACUCUUUAAACUUGUCAGAAUUUUGUUUCACCUUUUUUUUUUUUUUGGUUGUUAUUUAUUUUCCUUGAUCAUGUUAUAUUAUUAAACAAGUUUCUAGAA